AGAAGGACAUUGUCUGGGUAAAGUGGAAGGGAUGUCCUGUGUGGCCAGCUGUUGUCAGAAGACUGGGUAAGAAGAAGAAGAGAAUCGUUAAGGUGUCCCUCACCCUCAUUGCGCCUCACAGCUCUAUCCCUAAAAGGUUGACCCUGAAUUACAAUCCAAGAACAGUAAUUCCUUAUAACACUCAGGAUUCAGAUCUCUUCACGGAAAAAGGAAACGGUUUAGAGGGUGAGGGUUUGGAAAGGUUCACUAAGGCUGUAGACACAGUUCACAACUACAUGACCAAGAAGAUAUUGGGAACUUUGAGGAAAGAGGACACAGAAUUCAUGGAGAGUCUACAAGGUAAGGAGGAAGAGGUUUGUGAGAAUUCCCCGCCCCCAUCACCUGUCCCCCACACUGUGUCUCCCCCGGCCUCACCGAUGUCCAGUGUCGACAGUGGAGACAGUCUUAUAUUUCUAGGCUCAGAGGAACCGGAUCCAGAAAUCACUAAAAUAUAUGAGAAGAUUAAAGAGAGAAAUGAGAGUCUUGUGAAGUUUUUAAAAUCCAGUGAAGUAAAGCAAUAUCUGCUAGAUAUCCUCAGGGAGAAGAAGAAGAGUGAGAAACACACCACCUACAGAUAUGGCCUAUCUAAGGCGAGGGACGGCCUUAAGAACCUGGGGUUUGGACCAAACGCUGACGAGUACCAGCAUGAAGACAUUUUGAACACCAUGUUGGCCUGGUACAAACAGGAGACAAAGGUUGCUAGUGAUGAGUUCCAUGACUGGAACUACGUCCUGGAUGUUUGGAUCCCAGAGGCCAUUGUGUAUGACAUAAUAAAGUUGAAGAAGUACACUCGUAAGAAGGCGUGGCAGCGGUUUGAGAAAGGAGUGUACAUAACAAAGAAAGAGAGAGCGGAGGUCCACAAGUCGAGAGUACUGGAGAGCGCUAAAAGGAUAUCACCCGAGGACGUACAGAGGUACGAGGAGAAUCUAAAGGACAGGAUGAACGUCAUCUGUCAACGCAGCGGACUUCAGAAUAUCAUAUUAUGAUUGCAAUCUAAAGGACAGGAUGAAUGUCAUCUACUUCAGAAUAUCAUAUUAUGAUAAUGAGAGAAUGAAGCGGAGAAGGAUCGUAUAGAAAACUUCAUCAAUCGACAUUACGUAAACCAAAAUGUAGGAAAGUGUGAUUCAUGAAAAAGCUUGUCAUCUUAUGUUGACUAGGGUACAUGAUAUGCAGGUGCUCAUCAAGUAUCAGCUAAGGGGAUUUCUAAUGACCACUUUAUGAUGACUACCGUACAGUAUACAAGGGCAUAAGUUGUUCAGCAACACACCACCAAGGUGGGCUCUGUAACAUCAGGCUUUGAUAAUUUGGGGCAUACUGUCUGUGAAGAUGCAUAAAGACUGAUUUCUUUGAUUCGUCAAUAAGUGGAAGCUAAAGGACCAUUUAUGAUUAUGUAACCUAGUCUAUCUUACAUGUACCACCGGAGAUAGCAAAAUAAUGUAUUCCCAUCUCAUUAACUCAAUGCAGGCCUGUAGUAUCAUGGAUAUUACAACCAUUAUAAUUAAUUGUUUUCAAUAAUAUAUUGCUGACAAAUACACGUAUACAAUUUUAUCCUUAAACCUAGCUGUAACAGGUGUAAGUUGAAAUAAUAUUAUUAAUUCAUUUUUGUCUUCAUUGUUAUAAA